AUGGCCGCCCGCCUCCUCGUCGUCGCUGCCGUAGCCAACGCCGCCUUGGCUUUCUCUAAUACUUCUCCUGUCGUCGCAUGGUCUUCUUCUAGUUCCUAUGCACUCGAUUCGCUGCCUGCUCGAUUGGACAGCACGUACCAUACAGUAUCUCUUCUCGAGAGCAUUCUGAGCUCUGAGGACAUUUGCAACCACGAUGCAGUCGUAUUGGUCAACCAACCCGGUCUGCACGCCUCGGAUCUGCGAACACUAGAACCAAGCACACAUAUAGCCCGAAGCAUCGCCUCUGCACAUUCAUCCCGCCAGUACCCCUACCUGCCCUCUCACCACUCGCACGCAAACGGAAUACUAUCUCUCGCAGAAAGCGUAUCCUCGAAAUGCGGUUCUCGCCUCCUCCAAUACGCACCAGGCAAAGACAAAGUCACCCUCCAACCCAACUCUAAACACGUCCUGUGCAUGAACAUGCCACACCUCGACAAGUCCGGCCACUCUCGCAAAACAACCAUGGCGCAGCACGAAUCUCUUCUAGGGGACGAAUUGUCCUCAAUCACCUCAUCAUUCCCAAACCACCUCAUAAUCUUCACCGGCUCGCCACUUGGCUCGCACUCCAAACGUCAAGUCCCCGACCGGCCCAUUUUGGACCUCUCAUCCGACUCCUUCUCCUCAUUCGCACCAACCAACACCACCCUCCCCACAGGCGGCGUGCUGAAGCGAUACCAACUCCUCACUCCAGGCCUAAUCACCGCGCUUCUCAUCGCCUUUUUCGUUCUCGUCCCCGUCGUGAUGAUGGGCAUGAAAGCGCUCGCGAGCAUCCAGAACCCUAUCCGCGUCGACGUUUCCAAGUCGUAUAACGCGCAAGAGCGCAAGAACCAGUGA